AUGUACAGCAUUACUGAUGAAUUUGUAAACAUGUUAGUUCUACAGCAGCAAAUAGUCAAUCAAAUCGUAGUUGCCAAUAAACAAAUAAGUGAUUCGCUUGACAAUAUCAUUGAGCAAAUAAAAUUGAUAAAUCAUUCUAAUUCGAGCCAAAGCCAGCCAAAUUUGUUGGCCGAUGAACAUGCUCAAAUAGACCAAAUUUUCCAAUGGGCCUCAGCGAAUAAUAAUUUCGUGCACUUCAUCCAGCUCGCAGAUGCUCUUCCUUCUGUGAUCUAUAAAGAAAAGGGUUUUGAACUGCGUGUAUUUGUGGCUGAUAAAAACGAUAUCCAAAUUCAGAUCCCAAAUACUCAAAAAUUUAAAGUUUUGCUAUUUAGCAGUGAAAACCCUCCCAAGUUACUGAAGCUAAAUAUUUCUGGUAAAAAGAUCAUCAGAGGAACAACAGAAUCUGUAAUGUACUCUGAUGGGUUUGUUUAUUUCAGUAAUGUUGUUAUAAAUGAAGUCACAUCUCACUAUACAAAUGAUGCCUUCUAUUUAGUUAUCAUGGCACUGAACUCAACUUCAAUCAAGCCUUUAGUUAUUGGCAACGUAAGUGUAAAAGCAAGAAAAACUGGCCAAAUAUAA